AUGAAGGCCCUUCUUGAGAAGUUGGCAGAUAUGGAUGACCUCGAUGCUCCAGCCAAGGAGUGGAGGAACCAGGUGAGAAAUACGUCGUAUGACAUUGAAGACUGCAUUGAUGACUUCACACACCACUUCGAAAAGAAUGAUGCAACUAAAGGGUUGGUGAAGAAGACUGCUAGGCUUCUAAAGAAGUUGAGAGUGCGCCAUCAGAUUGCCAGCAAGAUCCAGGAGAUCAAGAUUCGUGUGGAAGAGGUAAGCAAACGACGAAUGAGGUACAAGCUUGAUGACUACACCUCCAAGCCUAGUUAUGUGCCUGUUGAUCCACGUGUAUUGUCAAUCUAUGCGGAGGCUGCUGGCCUUGUGGGUAUGGAUAUCCCAACUGUUGAGCUUACUGCACUACUCAUGGGCCAAGAACAAGAGUUGACGGUGGCUUCUAUUGUUGGAUUUGGAGGCCUGGGCAAAACCAUACUUGCUAAUCAAGUUUACCGCAAGCUUGAAGAGAAUUUUGAGUGCCGUGCAUUCGUAACAGUGUCUCAAAAACCUGACAUACCGAAGCUUCUCAAUAAAAUGCUAAUACAAAUUGGUGGCUGUGUCUCUCACACCAGCGAGUUGGAUGACGUUCUCAAGAAGAUCACAGAACAACUGCAGGAUAAAAGGUAUUUUAUUGUGAUUGAUGAUUUAUGGGCUUCCUCAGCCUGGAAAGUUAUCAAAUGUGCUUUCCCAGCAAAUAAUUGUGGUAGUAGAGUACUGACAACUACAAGGAUUUAUUCUAUUGCUUUUGCCUGUUGCUGCUAUAGCCAACAUUAUGUUUACAACAUGAGGCCACUUGGUGAACAUGACUCAAGAAAACUAUUUUUUAGUAGAAUAUUUGGCUCCAGUGAUGCUUGCCUUGACGUAUUUGAAGAGUUUUCAGCUGAUAUUCUAAAAAGAUGUGGUGGUUUGCCACUCGCCAUUAUCAGUAUAGCUAGCCUUCUAGCUGGUCAAUCUAAGAUGGCAUGGGAGUAUGUAUGGAGUUCUCUGGGCUCCAUGUUCGAAGGGAAUCCUUGUCUAGAAGACAUGAAGCACAUACUGGACCUUAGCUACAGAAAUCUUCCUCACCAUCUUAAGACAUGCUUGUUAUAUCUUGGUAUGUAUCCAGAGGACUCUAUCAUUAAUAAGGAUGAUUUGGUGAGGCAAUGGAUAGCCGAAGGCUUCGUGAGUAGAAUCCAUGGGCUAGACGAAGAUGUUGCUGGAAGCUACUUCAAUGAGUUAAUGAAUAUGAGCAUGAUUCAACCUGUGAACACAGACUACAACGGUGAGGUGCUGUCCUGCAAAGUACAUGAUAUAAUGCUUGAUCUAAUCAGAGUCAAGUCUGCAGAAGAGAACUUCUUUGAUAUAAUAGAUGAUCCUCAGGCCACAAUGUUAUCACACAAGAAGGAUGGGAUUGGCAGCUUGAAAUUCCUGCGUACCCUGCAGGAGUUUGAUUUCUCAAGAAGCUCGCUGGAAAGUUUUAAGUCUCUUGACAAGCUGACCAACUUAAGAGAUCUUCAACUCUACUAUGAUCAUUUAGACAUGGAUGACAUGACCAUGGAGGCCUUGCACACUUUGCUUGAAGGACUUCCCCACUGCAGCAACCUCAAGAGCUUUGUUAUCAACAGUCAUAUACGUUACUUUGAUUGGCUCGGCAAAUUGUCUGGUUUCCCGCGCCAUAUUCAACAGCUCCAUCUUUGGGGUCUCUGGUUUCCCAGGAUCCCCAAGUGGAUAGCUCAGCUCCAUGACCUCUACAACUUAGAGCUUGUGGUACGAGAGGUGGUGCCCAAGGAUGAUGGCAUUGGUAUUCUUGCAGCAUUGCCCUCCCUUGUACAUCUCUGGUUGGUGAUCAAAGAAGAACCAGAGGAAACAGUUGUCAUCCCCAGCACAUUCGGCACUGUUGUGGCAUUUCCAGCUCUCAAGCACCUCAAGUUUUGCUGUCCUACACCACUUCUAGCCUUUGAAGCAGGGGCUCUGCCCAGGCUCCAGAACCUUGAGCUGCGGUUGACUGUGGCGGGAUGGGAAGAGGUUUUCAAUUGGUUGGAACCUGCUGGCAUCGACCACUUACCUGCUGGCAUCGAAAGGAUAUUUCUGUACUGUCAUCGCAACCUUGCCGACAAAGCUUCAUUCUCUUCAUUGAAGAGGCUGUUUCACACGCACCAUCCUGGUGUUGACUUGUGGUUGCCAAGCAGGAUAUAA